AGGGAGGCGCCGUCGGAGGGAGAGCAGACGUCAGGAAGAGAGGGAGGGAGCCGGGGAGGGAAGAGAGGGAGAGAGAGAGAGAGAGAGCGGCGCGGAGGUUGAGAGAGGCCCCGAGAGAUAAAGCCGGAGGGCAGAAAUUAUUAGGGGGCGCGGGACGAGAGGAGGGGCCAGGGGAGCGAGCCCGCGGCUAGAGAGGCGAGCGAGUGUGCGCCUUGUGUGCUAGGGCGGGAGGGAGGAGAGAGCGCCAGCGGCGGCCCGGCUCGCGCCGACUCGGGCCCAGCGGCGGGCGGACAGCAUGCUGAGCCUCCUCAUCUGGAUCCUCACACUCUUCAACACUUUCUCACAAGCAGGGCUUUAGGAAUGACUCUGGAGAGCCAUAGCACACGUCUAAUGACCUGCCAAUCAAGCCUGCUCCCUGAGAAGCCUGGGUUUCUGAGUCAGAAGAUGUGGGCUCCACACUUAGUCGUUGCUUAUCUUAUCUUUGUGACGUUGGCUUUGGCUUUGCCUGGGACGCAGACUCGCUUCAGUCAGGAGCCAGCCGAUCAGACCGUGGUGGCUGGACAGCGGGCAGUGCUCCCGUGCGUGCUCCUCAACUACUCUGGGAUUGUACAAUGGACCAAGGACGGGCUGGCUCUGGGUAUGGGCCAGGGCCUCAAAGCCUGGCCGAGGUACCGAGUCGUGGGCUCUGCGGAUGCUGGGCAGUACAACUUGGAGAUCAUAGAUGCCGAGCUGUCUGAUGACGCCUCCUAUGAGUGCCAGGCCACAGAGGCUGCCCUGCGCUCUCGGCGGGCCAAACUCACCGUGCUCAUUCCUCCAGAGGACACAAGGAUUGAUGGGGGCCCCGUGAUUCUGCUGCAAGCAGGCACCCCCUACAACCUCACGUGCCGAGCAUUCAAUGCCAAGCCUGCUGCAACCAUCAUUUGGUUCCGGGAUGGGACACAGCAGGAGGGGGCUGUGACUAGCACGGAGCUGCUGAAGGAUGGGAAAAGGGAGACUACAGUCAGCCAGCUGCUCAUUCAGCCCACAGACCUAGACAUCGGCCGUGUAUUCACCUGUCGCAGCAUGAAUGAGGCCAUCCCCAAUGGCAAGGAGACUUCGAUUGAGCUUGAUGUGCACCACCCUCCUACAGUGACUCUGUCCAUUGAGCCCCAGACAGUGCUGGAGGGUGAGCGCGUCAUCUUUACAUGCCAGGCCACAGCCAACCCGGAAAUCUUGGGCUACAGGUGGGCCAAAGGGGGGUUCUUGAUUGAAGACGCCCACGAGAGUCGCUAUGAGACGAACGUCGACUAUUCCUUCUUCACGGAGCCUGUGUCUUGUGAGGUUUAUAACAAAGUCGGAAGCACCAAUGUCAGCACGUUAGUGAAUGUUCACUUUGCGCCCCGGAUUGUAGUUUACCCAAAGCCCACCACUACAGACAUUGGAUCCGAUGUGACCCUCACCUGUGUCUGGGUUGGGAAUCCCCCCCUUACCCUCACCUGGACCAAGAAGGACUCAAACAUGGUCCUGAGUAACAGCAAUCAACUGUUGCUGAAGUCAGUGACCCAGGCAGAUGCCGGCACCUAUACCUGCCGGGCCAUCGUGCCUAGGAUUGGAGUAGCUGAGCGAGAGGUACCACUUUAUGUAAACGGACCCCCUAUCAUCUCCAGUGAGGCGGUGCAGUUUGCUGUGAGAGGGGACGGUGGUAAGGUGGAGUGCUUUAUCGGGAGUACCCCGCCUCCAGAUCGAAUUGCAUGGGCAUGGAAGGAGAACUUCCUGGAGGUGGGGACCCUGGAACGAUACACCGUGGAGAGGACGAACUCGGGCAGUGGUGUGUUGUCCACUCUUACCAUCAAUAACGUCAUGGAGGCUGACUUCCAGACCCACUACAACUGCACUGCCUGGAACAGCUUUGGACCAGGCACAGCCAUCAUCCAGCUGGAAGAGCGAGAGGUGUUACCCGUGGGCAUCAUUGCUGGGGCCACCAUCGGCGCUGGCAUCCUGGUCGUCGUCUUUUUCGCUGCCUUAGUGUUCUUCCUCUACCGACGUCGCAAAGGCAGUCGAAAGGAUGUGACAUUGAGGAAGCUGGACAUCAAGGUAGAGACGGUGAAUCGGGAGCCACUCACGAUGCACUCUGACCGGGAGGACGAUACUGCCAGCAUUUCCACGGCAACUCGAGUCAUGAAGGCCAUCUACUCGUCCUUUAAGGAUGAUGUGGAUCUGAAGCAGGACCUGCGCUGUGACACCAUUGAUACCCGGGAAGAAUAUGAGAUGAAGGAUCCUACCAACGGUUAUUACAAUGUGCGCGCCCACGAAGACCGCCCAUCCUCGAGGGCGGUGCUAUAUGCUGACUACCGUGCCCCUGGCCCUACUCGUUUUGAUGGGCGCCCGUCAUCCCGUCUCUCCCACUCCAGUGGUUAUGCCCAGCUCAAUACAUACAGCCGGGCCCCUGCCUCUGACUAUGGCACAGAGCCUACACCCUCUGGCCCUUCUGCUCCGGGUGGCACCGAUACAACCAGCCAGCUGUCCUACGAGAACUAUGAGAAGUUCAACUCCCACCCCUUUCCCGGGGCUGCUGGGUAUCCUACCUACCGUCUAGGCUACCCCCAGGCCCCACCCUCUGGCCUGGAGAGGACCCCCUAUGAAGCAUAUGACCCUAUUGGCAAGUAUGCCACCGCCACUCGGUUCUCCUACACCUCUCAACACUCAGACUACGGCCAGCGAUUCCAGCAGCGCAUGCAGACUCAUGUGUAGAGGCUGGACCUGGCUGGGGUAUCUCUGCGGGGCAGAGGAGAUGGCUUCCCAGCUGUUCCCUGACAUUCAGGGACAUUGCUCAUUGCUCCUUUCAUGGACCCAGCCUUUCUCCUCCUGGCCAUCACAAAUCAGGAGCAGGUCUCCCAGUAACAUCCCAUCCCAAGGAUGGUGCUCUGUGCAUGCCCUAGUCUCCCGGGCCUGCCCUUUCCUCUUCUUCAGGAGGAUGUCUCUUCUGACCUUUGUUCUGCCUGACCCAAGCAUGGGAAAAGGAGAGGGGAGGUUGGGGGGAAGAAGGGAGGAGGAGAGAGGAGAAAGGGGAGGAGAAGAGCACAUUUUAUCAUUUCCUUUCUGUCCUGCUCCUCUAGUCUCCCGUAAGAUGGCAUGGAGCCAUGCUGAGGUGGGCAGGCUGCUGGGAUGUGGGAUAGCCCAACAGUCCCCGUCUUGAUCUCUUUAUACCUUGUGUUCAUCUUUCCCAUCUUGGGGUAUUACAGAUGAAACAAUGAGUUCAAAUGCAUCCCGUGGUCAGUUGGGGUCAAGAUGCCAGUCACUCUGGCUGCUAUGGUGUCUAUCUGUCUGAGUGAAGAGGGCUUCAAAAAUCCCCAGGAGCACUGCUUCCUUUCUUCUGAGCUUUGUGCUGGACCAGCCAGAUGUGUCCUGGAUGUGAGCAAGGAGUGGUUAGGGCCAAGUACUGGUUGUCAGGCAAGGGGCCACUGUGUAGUGCAUGGCAGUUCCGAGAUCCACCACUAGUGGGAGCCACAUGAGCUUCUUUCUUUCCCGGUGUCUGCCCCGCUUUUUGGUGUUAACUCUUGAGCCUUGGAGAGUUGGGUAGAGCAGAGGCUGCUUUUCAUGGGGCUAUUUUUCAAAAGCAAUAAAACCUCAUUUGGAAAGAAAAGCUGUAGGGGUUUCCCCCGCCAUAUACAAGUCCCUGUGGAAAAGAAAGGAGCACCUGCCCUCUACCGGACUCCUAACUCCUUGUAUUACUAUAUCUGAGUCUCUAAGCACUUUGAAUGUAGUAUAUACAUCCAAAUGGUGAGACCUGCCUACUGGUGGAUUCUGAUAGAGUUAAGCAGUGUCCUGAGUCUCAGACUCUACUAUCUUACCCUGUCUAACUACUCACCGUAGCUAGAAACUACCUUGCAGAUGGCGUAGUAGAUGCUUUAUCCAGACAAAUUUUGGUUUUGUCUCCUCCUCACCACCCCCCAACCCCCAACCAGUCAGAUUCCUUCUUCCAUUUUCAGUGCCUUGAGUGUCAGGUUUGUGAUGAUGUCCCUGUGUGAGCUUCAGCUUGUCCCAUGUUAGCAUCCAAGGAGAGACAAAUGAGAGGAUGUGAGGGGAAGUGGGCCUGGAAAUGGUCAAGAAGGAAAGUUCUCACUGAGCCUAGGUGCAGAAGAACACAGCAGGCGCUGAGUUCCACGGGCCAUGCUGUCUUUUCCCCACACAGUGUACACACGAGCAUACACAUUCCAUACCACGUCUCAUCUACCACUUUCUGACCAAAGAGAAUCUGUAACUCUCGUCUCAGCCCCACAUUCCCAAGAAAACAACUGCCCAACAGGAGUCUACUAUCCGUGUCCCCGCUGAGGCCUGCACGAUAGGAGGAGGUACUCCCAGAAUGCUCCUUGCUUUUUCUCAUUGGUCACCAUUCGUUAGUCAUGUUUACUUUAAUGCCAUACAUGUUCAUCAGGCACAGUCCAUCACUAACCUCCUAGAUGGGCCUGUGGGGUGACAUUCUCUGCUCUCCCCUUCCCGAUAAGGACCAGGUACUACCCAGGAAUCCAGGAGCUCCAUUUGCAGCCUGGCAGGCAGCUGCUGCUUCCUCAAUUCCUCCAGUGAGUGCAUGCACUGAGUGGGCCCUUCCUGCAGCAGUGACCGUUCAGAAGACGAACGCUCACAGACCCCUUUCAUGAGAGCUCAGUGAGGCAGUGUGUUUGCAGUGUAGGUCCUUGUGUGUAUGGAUCCACGCAGGCUUUCAUUUUCCCUGACACCCGAAGCCACGGGUGAUCCACACACUUCUGAAGGCUAGAUAGAGUGGCGUUAUAGACAGCAAUACUCCCUAAAGUAAUCGUCUUGUCUGGGGUUUGGCUUGAUUCUCUUAUUUCUCUCUGAUUUAAGUAGUAGGUCCCUCUAUGGAAACAAGAGCAUCACUAAGGAAAACUGUGGGAGUCAAGCACCAUGCAAGGGACAGGAAACAGCAACUGAGACAGACUCCUGCCACUCUCACUCCGCAAUCAGAAUCAGAGUUGGGCCCUGCUGAAUGACCAGUGUUGCUUGUCGAGGGAGUUGAAAGUCCCUUAAUCACAAGGCUCUUCCGUCUGAAGCUAGAGUCUUCCAGCAUGUUGGUACUUGGAGUCUAAGCACCCUGGGUGUUAUUGCUUUAGUUGAAGGAAUAAGAAACCAAGAGCCGAGAGAUCCAGGAUCCUGUUCUGCAGCUGCCCUUUGCUGAGUAACCCUGAUCUAACCUCCUAGUUUUCCUUGGUUCCAUCUUCUGGUCUUUGCCUAAACCUGUACUCUGCUGGCUGUGUUCAUCUGGGGCAGGAGAUUGCCCAUCCUUCAGGAACAGUAAGCAGUCUUGGUGAGGCUUGGGACAGGGAGGCGCUGCCUGCUAGAAGGAGCUUUAACCACCAACUUCCUGAUCUUGUCCGGCACCCUAACCCUGAGUGAAAUGAAGCUAUCGCUGUUGCUCUCGUCUUAGAUUCAGUAGGCUGCUAUGAUCGUGGUAGGGCUCAGUUACGGAUGUAGUCUGCAGCACAUACAGGCUGGGGGAGACAGAGAAACUGUCUUUCACUUCGGUCUUCACGAACAGUCAUCUGGCCUAAAGACUGCUCUCCCUGUUCACCAAGCCAGGUGAAGCUUCCAUUCCCUGCAGUCUUGAAUCAGAAACUAGGAGAGCGAGAGCAGCCGACCCCUUCCUGUAGACUGAAAGGGAUGACCUUAGAGGGAAGAAGGGAUUGGUGCUUUUGACAUAAACUCUGCAUAUGCAAAAGGUUCUUGUGGCUCUGGAUAAGCUUUGCCCUUUGUAGAGAGCCCAGCCUGCUUGCUGAAUCUUGGUCCUUGCCCCAUCCCCACCACCACCAAAGUCUAACUACAGACUAUGCAUAAAGCAGGAAAGAGAAAGGAAAGCUAACAGGAACCCGGGCAAUGCUCGGCUCUCAAAACGAAAAAACAUGAGCUCAACUAACAUGAUUCUGGGUGAGACGAGACACAGACCUGCGUCUUGCCCCUUGUGCUCUGUCAGGAGCCAUAGCUCCUGCGCUCCUUAAGAUGGAAGUGGGUGACCCACAUACACUUGGUCCCCUACGUAGUAAUGCUAGGCAAUCGGGAUUUAUAGAAACUCAUGUGAAAGCCAAAGACCGUGUUUGGACAUGUAACAUCUACUGGCUUAGUCACUGCCUCGUCCUGCUGUGUGAGCAGUUCUGUCCCUGUGGGUGAAAUGCAUGACCUCCCAAGGCCAUUGCAGGCGCAGAACACCUAGUUUCUCUACUGUUCCAUUUCUGUGGAAUCUGAGGCCAGGCUCUACACCCAUCCAGCCUAGUGCUGAUGGUAGAAUCCUGGGGACACAGACCUCAAGAUGCCACUGAGGAUGUAUUGACUGUUAUGAAAGGACUCUAAAGCUGUCACCUAAACACAACAUUCCCUUCUCCCUGUGAUUUUUUUUCCUCCUCUCCUAAAGACAGUGCGUUCUGACCAAUGCUGGCUGACCUUCCUCAGCUUGCUGCUGAUACCACCCAUGGGCCAGUAGAGAGGACUGAGAUCUGUGGCUUGUUAUAUGGAUUUGAGAGGAGGGCGUAGCAUUCAGUUUUCCUGCAUCACUGUGAGGGAACCCCUAGGCUCCUUUCCCAGGGGAAAAUAAUUGUUGCACAGAAGACAGAGGCCAUACUAGGAAGUCCUGGUGCAAACCUGCUCUUAACAAAAGUAAUGAUUCUGUAUGCACAGAAUUCCCCUUACCAGUCCUGGCAUCCCAUUUUAGGUUUUUAAUGUUCACAACCACUGGCCUUUUCGAACUGGUGGCCAGACUCUUCCAUUGGUUUCAGGAACUGUCCAUCACCCCUGGGAACACCAGGACUGGAAGGGGCAGGGGGAGUUUGCUGAUACAAUCAAAUACAUAGGCUUCUUAGCAAAAAUCACCCACAAGGCCUCCACUUUUAACAAGGUACCCAGGUCAAACUGUCGACCCCAAUCAUUCCUGGGAUUAAUAUCUCCAUUCUGAUGCCUGUUGAAUCUUCUCUACCAAAAUCCUCCUCAAAAAUGGAUCCAUGAUGACAACUAAGAGAAAAAAAAAGUAUUUUUGUUAGGACAAACCAUCAUAGAUUUUUAGCAAUGUGUAUCUGUGUGUCCUUUACACCUUUUCCUAUUCUGACAUUUUUUUUCUUUUUCUUUUUUUUUAAAAAAAUAUUGUGUACUAUAUUUUUAGUCUCAAACACACUAUAUAUUAUAUAUUUAAUUUUAUAUAUAUAUAAAUAUAAAUGUUUUAAAAAGUA